GUUGAAAAGCAGAAGUUGAAGCUUGACAUUCCAGCUGAACGACGGCUGGAAGAUCUCACAGCUGAGGGAUCACUGACGUCUCUGAGCUGCAGGGGGCAGCAGCUCACCAGCAGAACCAGGGCAGACCAGCGUUCACAGGAGCAGGAAACCAGAGGAGGGUUGGGCUUCAAACCUGCUGAGCAGGAAGAGAAACUCUUCAAACACUGGCUGUUGUUGAGAGGAGGAAAUGGCUCAGGGAGGAGCUCAGCUGGAUCCACUAAAGUUCUCUUGUUCCAUCUGUCUGGAUCUCCUGAAGGAUCCGGUGACGGUUCCCUGUGGACACAGCUACUGCAGCAACUGUAUUAAAAGACACUGGGAUGAAGAGCAAAACAAGGGAAUCUACAGCUGUCCUCUUUGUGGGGACGAGUCCUGGAGGAGGCCUGACGUGAGGAAAAGCAUCGUGUUAGCAGAGUUAGUGGAGGAUCUGAAGAAGACUGGACUCCAAGCUGCUGCAGCUGAUCUCUGCUCUGCUGGACCUGAAGAUGUGGCCUGUGAUGUUUGCUCUGGGAGGAAGCUGAAAGCCGUCAAGUCCUGUCUGGUCUGUGUGGCCUCUUACUGUGAGGAACACCUCCAAGGUCACUACAAAGCAGCUCCAUUGAAGAAACACCAGCUGGUGGAGCCCUCCAAGAAGCUCCAGGAGAAGAUCUGCUCUCUUCACGAUGAGGUGAAGAAGAUUUUCUGUCGCACUGAUCAGCAGUGUAUCUGUUACCUCUGCACCAUGGACCAACACAGAGGCCAUGAAACAGUCCCAGCUGCAGCAGAAAGGAGGCAGAAGCAGAAGGAGCUGGAGGGGAGUCGACUAAACAUCCAGCAGAGAAUCCAGGAGCGAGAGAAUGACGUGAAGCAGCUUCAGCAGCAGAUGUUUGCCAUCAAUGUCUCUGCUGAUGAAGCAGUGGAGCACAGCGAGGAGAGCUUCACCCAGAUGAUCCAUCUCAUCAAGAAAAGAAGCCGUGAGGUGAAGCGGCAGCUCAGAUCCCAGCAGCAAACUGCAGUGAGUGGACUCAAAGAGCUUGAGGAGAAGCUGCAGCAGGAGAUCGCUGAGCUGAAGAGGAAAGACGUACAGCUGGAGCAGCUGGCACACACAGAGGACCACACCCAGUUUCUCCACAGCUACACCUCAGUGUCAGCACUCAGUGAGCCCACACACUCCUCCAGCAUCCAGACUGCUCCUCUCAGAUACUUUGAGGAUGUGGCAGCAGCUGUGUCAGAGAGCAGAGACAAACUACAGGACAUCCUGAGAGAGCUACAACCACAGCCAGAGAGCAGAGCAGACUUCUUACAAUACUCACAGCAGAUCACUCUGGAUCCAAACUCUGUGAACAGAAGGCUGAAAUUAUCUGAUGGAGACAGAAAAGUAACUUUUACAGAGGAAGUUCAGCCUUAUUCUGAUCAUCCAGACAGAUUCACUGUAUAUCUUCAGGUUCUGAGCAGAGAGAGUCUGACUGGACGUAGUUACUGGGAGGUGGAGAGGAGAGGAGGAGGAGUUUAUGUAGCAGUCACAUACAAGAACAUCAGCAGAACAGGGGGGGGAAAGGAAUGUGUGUUUGGACUGAAUGACAAAUCUUGGGCUUUACGUUGUUACUCUAACAGUUUUAGUUUUUAUCACAACAACAUCAGCUCUCCCGUGUCAGAUCCUCAGUCCUCCAGAGUGGGAGUGUACCUGGAUCACAGAGCAGGUAUUCUGUCUUUCUACAGCAUCUCUGAAACCAUGACUCUCCUCCACAGAGUCCAGACCUCCUUCACUCAGCCACUACAUGCUGGAGUUAGACUUUAUGGUUUUCCUGGAUACUCAGCAGAGUUCCUGAAACCUGAGUAGAGGACUCCAUCAGAUCUCCUUGUGUGGUUUUCUAAAGGAGCCUCCACAUUUUCUGAGCUGAGACGUUGAUGAGAUUUCUGACAGGAAGAAGAUUGAAACCAACAGAUGGUCGGCCGUCUUCUCAGAGACUUUCUACGUGGACAAAAGGAUGUGAGACGAGUGUGGAGAGACAGAAAGGAGCUGAGUUAGUGGAGAAAAACAUGGCCGCUGCAGCCAUCAGUCCCCUCACUGAUUCCUCAACUGAUGCUUUUCGAAUAGUUGGACUCAUUUUUCAAGCUUCUCAAACAGGAAGUUCUUCUUCAUGGACCACAGGAAGCUGCAGCUUUUCACACUUUGGGGGAUUUGAAGUGGAAAUUCGGAGCUUUCACAUGUUUGGACUGAUCAGUCUUUCUUCUUUCAUGAUUCUUUUCUGACAUUUGAUCCUUCAGAGUGAAGAUUUGUGGAUUUUCUUGAACAGUGAACUGAUUGUUUUGGCUUUUUGGAUCUUCAUCUGUCACCAAGUGGCAGGAAGUUUGAUUCUUUUAGCUGGAAAUGACUCCAGUCGACAACAACAGUCAACAAUUUACACACUCACACACACACACACACACACACACACACACACACACACACACACACACACACACACACACACACACACACUCACAGGUUUCUUUUAAAGACAUUAAAUCAGUCAUAAAGUGAAAUGCUGCUUUAUUAAUUGUUGAUUUGUUUCUUUUUCAAAGGUUUUUGCUUCAAAUGUUGUUUGUGUGACACCAAGAGAAACCAAGUCAGUCAACAUGGAGCCUUUAAUAAAAUACAUUCAAUCAUCAUUGAAGGAGGGAGAGAGGACGGAAAGGAUCGAGGACAUGAUGAUCUGAUUGCAGUACUGACGUUUUUUGUUGUUUUUGUUGUUGGUGGUGGUGCUGUUACUAUUGUUGUUGUUGCUGUUGUUGUUGCUGUGGUGCUUCAAAGAUGCAGGUACUAUCCACACUAUCAUUUGCCACCGGUCUCAUAGUUGCUCAGUACAACUCCUUAAUAAUAUAAUAUGUGGCUCGCAAUUCUUUUGUGCUCACGUUUGAUGUGAUUGUUUUCAUUAUUUCUCUUUUUUUAUGUUUGAAUCAAGCUUAACUGUCACACCUUAUGUACCAGAUACACAAAAUUUUCACCUUCUGAUCUGAUUAGUUUGAAUUUAAUGUGUUUAAUCUGGACUUAUUGAUUAACUAAACCGGACUUUGUGUGUGUGUGUGUGUGUGUGUCUGUGUGUGUGUGUGUGUGUGUGUGUGUGUGUGUGUGUGUGUGUGUGUGUGUGUGUGUGUGUGUGUGUGUGUGUAUGUGAUGGGCCAUGAAGCUGUGACUCUCCUGCCCAUGUGUGAAAGUCUUGUUUUAAUAAUGACGUGUUUGUCUUCUGAGCUGUGCCUGGUGCUGGCAGAACUACUAGAAAGUUCUCUGAAUUUUUUGGGAAGUUUCAUUUUACUGUGUUAAAAUUGUUUAAAAAAUAAAAGAUUUUAGAAAACGUAAAUCUUCCACUGGGGAAAUGAGCCGUUCUACAUUUCUAUGAAAAUCCUCGCAGC